GAUUCCUGUUCAUCAGCCUCGCGGGUUCCUCAAUUCCGCUUUCCCACUUCCUGCUGCGCCAGCAUUGCUGCAGGGGCGAUCUCCUGGCAAUCUAGGGCGCUAGGUAGUGGUGACGAAGGAAAUUAGCCGAGCUCUGCCAAGUGGCAUGGUUGUUUGGACUAAGAAGGGCUGCAUUGUAAGUUACCUUCGAGUUUGUCAGAGAUUUCAACAGGCAUGGCCCUUUCUUUGGCACACGCGGUUGGCAGCACUUUCCAAACCGGUCUAUUCACAGGGGGGGCACCUCCUCACUUCGGGAAGGAGUGGUAUGGCAGCCCCCUGCCGCGACCGACAUGUGCCAAAGUAGGAAAGCUUCCUAGACAGCCAAAUCUCAUUCAGGCUAGUAAUAGUCUGCCUUGGGUAUUCGAUGAGGAUGUGACAUUCGGGGGUUUGCCUGCCCGAGGAGUGCGCCUCAGCAAGCCAAGGAAACGUGAGGUCCGAGUUGGGGCCAAGUGGUUGCAUGGCCUCAAAGGAGAGUCCAAAACUGGCGGGACAGGCUCGUCAGGAAGCACAAUCUUUGAGCGCCUCGGCGAGGCUGGCGGCCCAAAGUCUUCAACAGCUGCAACGGCAGUCAGAGACUCUGAGGGGAACAGCGAGAACGGCCGGGCGAGCUUGAAAGUAGACGACGAUUUCGAUGAGGAUGCGUAUGCAGAGGAGGAAGAGGAAGACGAUGAAGAAGUGGACGAGCAGCUGAAGGCUGAGCUGGAAGCCAGCCUGAGGGCUACGCAGAGGGAGCCCGAGAAUGGCGUAGCGAAGCCAACAGAAGAAGAGGCUGGACAGGGGGACCUAUCAGCCGCUGACGGCGCCCCAAAAGAUUCUGAGAAGGUCGCGGAGCUCCGGAUGGGUCUGGAUACGAUGCGGAAAGCGGUGGAGAACUACUUCGGGGCAGUAUACACUGUUGCGCGGUUGAUGCCGACUGCUGAGCGGAAGGAGUUCCUGGACAGCUUCAAGGGAGACCAGAUGAUCGACCUUGAAAACGCUCUGGGCGGUGACAAGGAGACCUUUGUGCUUGGGCUGGACGGGGAGGAUCGGACGACAGCCCUGAGUAUUUUGGAGGAGACGUUGAGCCGUUGCCGGGCCUGGGUAACGAGCGAGUCCGACAAGCUGGACAAGGAUGCUGGCGAGUACACCCUAGUAAACGACGAAGUGGUCCCUAAGACCCCCGACGCGCCGGCCCCCACCCCUUCCGAGCUCCAGGCGUUCAUCGGGCGGACGCUCCAGGAGGCGAGCUACAAGAGUCAGGAAGCCAUGCUGGAGGCCACGUGGCGAAUGGGCGACCUGCCACGUUUCCCUGACCUCCCGCUGCAGCCGGGCGUGUUCGAUGACGUGGAGAGCGAGGAGGAGCUGCGACAAAAGAUCGCGGAGCAGAAGCUGCUGAUGUACGGGCAGGCGGAGCAGAUGCGGCAGGAGCUGGAGGAGAAGAAGGACGAGUACCGCAGGAACCAGGAGGCGUGGGCGGCGGAGCGCAGGUCGGCAGAGCAGAACGGACGGCCCUCCGUCUGGCAGGACCGGCUUAACCGGUUUGGCCGCGACCCUGAAGCGGAGCGGAUGCUGGAAGAGGGGGAGCGCGUCAUCGAGGCGUUCGAGGACCAGAUUGAGGAGGAGUUUGCGGACUUUGAGAGGAGCUUGGGUUUGCGCCCCGCCGGCGAUCGCCCCGCAGGCCAGCCCCUGAGCGAGCAGGACUAUCGGGACAUCGGGGUGACGAUCCAAAAGAUCCGUGAGGAUCUAGAGGAGGGCUUACGUGCGGACGAGGGGCUUCCGGUGCCGUACCUCAGGAAGCCGCUGGCGGAAUCGGAGGUGGCGGAAAUGGAGCAGACGUACCGGGACAUGAUUGAGAACGCCGAGGAGAUGAAGGCCCGGGGCGACACGAUCCUCCCGGGCGCUUUCGACGUGAUGGAGAGCCUAUCGGGUGCGAUCUCUCGGAUCGACGAGCUUAUCAAAACCGGACGCAUCGAGGUGGUCCGUGACCGGGACUACCUCGAUGCGUUGCGGGCGUACGAGGCCGCACGUGAUGGCACCGAAGACGACGACUAUAAGCCUGUUGCUGACCGGAUGCCAAGUACCCCGGAAGAGGUGCUGACCGCUAUCGAGGACGGCAUCACUUCUCUCGACUACACGCUAUCCGUCCUGAACGACAACGAGCGGCGGCCGCUGACCGCCGAUGAGGUCAUCGAGAUGCAAGUUAUGGACGAGGGAGUCGUCCAAUGGCGGGACGAGAUCUUGGAUCUCAUGACCAACCAGACGCAGGUGAAGGCACUCGCGAAGCUCGAUUCGCUCAUCGAUAGAACGCGGCCAUUCUACAUGGUCGGCGCGCCCCGGCCGCUAAAACCCUUUACAGGAUUUAAGGACCCGAACGCGGCCGCGGUUGCGAACGUGUGGGCGGAUCUGAUCGGGGAGAAGCUACCCGAGGCGCCAGUCUCCACCGAAGAGGCGGUGACUUCCGCUUGGGGUUCGCUUUUCGACGACGCGUCCUCCGGGGGGGCCGAUUCCGCCCCCGUCGCAACCCCCCCGCGAGAGGAGUCCGUGAAUGGGGCCGCAAUGCCCGGGCUGAACGGGAUAGCGCUCGGCGACGGCGAGCCGACGGGUUCCGCAAAGAUGGAGAAUGUGAUGACGAUCGGAAAUGGGAUUCAGCUAGAUUUGGGCGCCGCGCAGGCGGACCGGUUAACUGCGGCCCCAGGGGGGACAAGCUUUAGGGAGAGCGACCCCCCUUAAUGUGUAAGCAUAAAGCGCGUUGGUUUUUAACCUUAGAACGGGUAAUAGUAGCCAGAUGAGGAUUGAAUGCGGAUGGAGUGCACGUUUACAAGGUGUGACCACACAAGGCAGAAGCCAUUCUUGUUUCAAGAGAUACACAGGGGUUCGUUUAGGAUUCUUGCAUCUGGGCGGUUUGUCGUUUCAUCCGACCUACGUAUAGGGCUGGAGGAAUGGGGUUUGCAUGCGUGCAGCUUUGUUUGGUGUGCUAUUGGCAGGUCGGUUUUCAGUUCUAGUCAUAUGGUAGUACGGUUGUCGUUGACGACAUCCUCCACUGUCUCCAACCAAAUUUUUAAAAAAGGAGUGAGCCUGUUUAGGCAACGUGGCCCUUCGAGCGCAUUUCCGUCAUGAAGAGGAUAUAUCGUGCUGGUGACCACAAAUUCUAAAGCUGCAAAUGUACUAGGAAACUGAGACAGCGCGGCCCAGGCUAAACCCUAGAUCGAAUGUUAUCUUAUGUGUUCAGUCUAUUCAAUAGUUCUAGUGUCCCUUGAAAAUCUUUAGAGCUUUGAAUUGUACAGUUCUGCAUAAUCGUGUAGAGUAUAUUCAUCUUGGCAAUUGGUUAAACCUGUUGCUAGUGCGGUG